GUCUCAAUACCAAGCCAACGGCGUUAUGUAGGGUACUGGGAGAAUACACUUUCUAUUCCUAGGGGAGUUGAUCAUGGCCCUCCAUCUGUGAACUCGCCUGAACCAUGUAGCAGAGAAUUGGUUCGAAUUCGACUUUAUGACAUGGUUAACACUGGCUCUGUCUUCUUUGUGGUCUCAGAGUUACAAGAGGUUCCUGGUCAGCGGUAUUGUCCACCCGUGGAAGUCUUUAAGAGUUGCUGCAGAGAAGUUAAAAAAGGUUGUGUGAGACCAAACAGCUCCCGGUAUUAUCUCUCUUUUGUUGAUCAAGGUGGAGAGGGGAAUCGAUCAGAACCAGUAGAACCUCAUCUGGUAGUCCAAAUGGACACAGAGAGUUCUGUACUGUACCAGAAAACCUGCCUCGACUAUUGUUUUGAAAAACCAAUAAAGGUGCCUUACAUCACUACUGCUUUGAUGGAUGCGAAGGCCGCAAGGAUCUUUUUGAUUGGCUAUCAAGGCAACUUAGUGGAUUAA